CUAUUUGCUGAGAAAAGUACAGACGAAAUGACCUCAGAAAGCAAGAUGGUUCUGCUCCUCCUUAUCGGUUGCCUGAUCAUGCAGACAAUCAACGCCCUGCCCUUUGAUAGAUUCAGCCGGGAGGAUGAUGAACGGCUCAACGAGGUCAGUGGAGAGUGGUUAAAAAGGCCCAUACUCAGGUUGGAUCGCCUCUUUAGCAGCGGAGAAUCGCCGACGGGAAGUCGGAAAACGGUGGUCAGACCUAGUAGAAGCGAUAAGGGUGAAACCACGGAGAGUUCCAAGCACGCCCACUCCAUGAUCACUUCGAUGCUCGGUUUUGUCAGCAGUGUCAUCAACUUUGGCAGGUCCUUCGUAAGGGACCAAUAGAAGCUAUCCUAGUCUAAAAAUAUAUCUAUAAAGUUUAUAGAACAAGUCUCGUGAUUCCAUUUGCCAAAUGUUGUAGUUGUAACUAAAGUUAAGGUUCCAAAGAGAAAUAUAAUAUCAUGGAGGAAUUGAAACUUCGUUCUAACCAAACCCCAUUUUAUUUAUUGAUUAUAAGUUUUAUAAUUAUAUAUAUGUCUUAAAUCCGACUUUUUUAUUUCUAAAAAUAAAUUGAAAUUAAAUUUA